AUUUCCCCCCUCCCCUUCCCUAAUCCACUUUUCUUCAAAACAUGGCUAGCGAAGAUAUUUUUGACGGAGCUGUCGGAAUUGAUCUUGGCACCACAUACUCGUGUGUUGGUGUUUGGCAAAAUGACCGUGUCGAAAUUAUCGCGAACGAUCAGGGUAACCGAACUAGUCCUUCCUAUGUCGCUUUUUCGGGAGAAGAGCGCUUGAUCGGAGAUGCUGCUAAAAACCAAGCCGCUAUGAACCCCAAAAAUACCGUCUUCGAUGCUAAGCGCCUGAUAGGACGUCGAUACAACGAUCCCGACGUCAAGAAGGACAUGUUACAUUGGCCCUUCACCGUUAUCGAAAGGGAAGGUUCGCCUUACAUCCAGGUUGAGUACUUGGGCGAGGAGAAGUCAUUCAGCCCUCAAGAAAUCUCUGCCAUGGUUCUGGGGAAGAUGAAGCAAAUCUCUGAGGACAAACUUGGCAAGACUGUCGAAAAAGCCGUUGUAACUGUUCCCGCGUAUUUCAACGACUCACAGCGAUUGGCUACCAAGGACGCUGGGCGUAUUGCCGGCUUGGAUGUUCUUCGAAUUAUCAACGAGCCAACAGCUGCUGCUCUUGCAUACGGUCUUGAUCAAAAGACGAAAGAAGAAAAGAACGUUCUUAUUUUCGAUUUAGGUGGAGGCACCUUCGAUGUCUCGCUCUUGAAUCUUACUGGCGGUGUAUUCGCUGUCAAGGCCACUGCAGGUGAUACCCACCUUGGUGGCGAAGACUUUGACAAUGCUCUUUUGGAGCAUUUCAAGUUUGAGUUCAAGCGCAAGACCAAGCAUGAUAUUUCAGGCGAUGCACGUGCCAUAAGACGUCUACGAAGUGCUUGCGAGCGUGCCAAGCGCACCCUUUCAAGCGUUGCUCAGACUACCAUUGAAGUUGACUCCUUGUUCCAGGGCGAGGACUUCUCGGCAACUAUCACUCGUGCGCGUUUCGAGGAGAUUAAUUCUGAUGCCUUCAGGUCGACAUUGGAGCCAGUAGAGAGGGUGCUCAAAGACGCCAAAAUGUCCAAGGAGAAGGUUAACGAGAUCGUCCUUGUUGGUGGAUCUACCCGUAUCCCUAAGAUACAAGCCUUGGUCAGCGAAUUCUUCGGUGGCCGCCAAUUAAACAAGACCAUCAACCCCGAUGAGGCCGUUGCUUACGGCGCGGCCGUCCAGGCUGCCGUCCUCACCAACCAAACGAGUGACAAGACUCAAGAUCUCCUCUUGCUCGAUGUUGCUCCUCUCUCUUUAGGUGUUGCCAUGCAGGGAGAUGUAUUCGGAGUUGUCGUUCCUCGUAAUACCCCCAUCCCUACCAACAAGACCCGUGUCUUCACCACCGUUGAGGAUAACCAGACGACUGUGACCUUCCCUGUGUAUGAAGGAGAGCGUACUCAAUGCAAGGACAACCGUCUCCUGGGUGAAUUCGAGUUGACUGGUAUCCCACCCUUGCCUCGUGGCCAAGCUGAGCUCGUCACUACCUUCGAGGUCGACGCCAACGGUCUCCUCAAGGUUUCUGCUCAGGACCGUGCUUCUGGACGCAAGGCUUCCAUUAGUAUCACCAAUUCCGUCGGCCGUCUCAGUGCUGCGGAGAUCGACCAGAUGAUUAAGGAUUCUGAGACCUUCAAACAGGCUGACAAGGACUUCACCUCGCGCCACCACGCCAAGGCCGAUCUCGAGGCUUACAUCCACCAGGUUGAGGGUACGAUCACGAGUGAUCUUGGCGGGAAGAUCAAACGCAGUGCUAAGGCUCAGGUUGAGGCCGAAUUGGCCAAAGCCAUGGAGAUGCUUGAGAUCGAAGAUUCGACGAGCGAUGAUUUCAAAAAGGUGCAAUUCGGCAUCCGACGUGCUUUACAGAAAGCUACCUCUGGCAUGCGAUGAAUAGUCCUUUGGGGUUGCCGAAAUUAAUUACUCAUUUUGUGCUCUAUAUCCUUCUCCCGUUUUCACUCGUGGAAUGAUUCCAUGAAUUGCUAGCUUUCUUCCUCACGAUCGAUUCUCCUUUCUUUUCAUCUUGGUUACAGAAACUUUUUUGCAUGCCCGGAAGUACGAUUCCAAUCAUGAAAGCUGUAGAUGUGCGUAGACAUAAGUGCAUGUGAUCCCAUUCACUCUGAGAGCAACGACGUUAGAACUGGGCU